UCGCCAGUCAUCAUCACUUUCCGAUGUUGAGCACUUAUUCUCUGUAUCUCCGAUCGACCACAAGCUUACUCUCUAUAAGAUCACUUACCCAAAGGCAAAGAAUCCCUAAUCUCCCGACGAAGCUCUUCUGCUCUUCUAUGGAAGGCCAAGGUUCCAACGCGAACUUCGGGUUUCUGGUGAAGAAACCUUAUGACCCUCCCUCAUGGGCGUCCCAUCUCGACCCCAUGCCUUCUCACGUCAUCUCCCUUGGACAUCUUCCAACUCCUAUCCACAAAUGGAAUCUUUCUAAUUUGCCCAAGAAUACAGAAGUGUGGCUGAAGCGUGAUGACCUUUCAGGACUGCAAUUGAGUGGUAACAAAGUCAGGAAACUGGAAUUCUUGAUGGCAGAUGCCAUUCAACAAGGUGCUGAUUGCAUUAUAACGAUAGGAGGCAUCCAAAGCAACCACUGCCGUGCAACUGCCGUAGCUGCAAAAUACUUAAAUCUUGAUUGUUAUCUCAUACUAAGAACUUCAAAGCAUCUAGUGAAUGAAGAUCCCGGAUUGGUGGGCAACCUUUUGGUAGAGCGUUUAGUGGGAGCACAUAUUGAACUUGUCUCAAAGGAAGAAUACGCUGAAAUUGGGAGUGUGGCUCUCACCAAUGUGCUAAAGGAGAGGUUAUCAAAAGAAGGGAGAAGGCCAUAUGUCAUUCCUGUUGGUGGAUCAAACUCUCUGGGAACCUGGGGUUAUAUUGAAGCAAUCAGGGAGAUUCAACAACAAAUUCAAACUGGACCUGGCAAAACAGGAUUUGAUGACAUUGUUGUAGCUUGUGGCAGUGGAGGGACCAUUGCUGGUCUAUCGUUGGCAACGUGGCUGAGUAAAUUAACUGCUAAAGUUCAUGCAUUCUCUGUUUGCGAUGACCCGGAUUACUUCUAUGACUUUGCUCAAGGCCUACUGGAUGGACUCAAAGCAGGUGUCAGUGCACGUGAUAUAGUCAGCAUUCAAAAUGCCAAAGGUCUGGGCUAUGCCAUGAACACCGCUGAGGAACUCAAAUUUGUUAAAGAUGUUGCUGCUGCUACAGGCAUUGUUCUUGACCCGGUGUACAGUGGGAAGGCUGCCCGUGCAAUGCUUAAGGACAUGGCUGCAAACCCAAUGAAGUGGGAAGGAAGAAAGGUUCUCUUUAUACAUACUGGUGGGCUCCUUGGGCUCUAUGACAAAGUUGAUCAGAUGACAUCAAUGGCAGGGAAAUGGCAGAGAAUGGAUAUACAUGAAUCCGUUCCGAAAAAGGAAGGAAUUGGAAAAAUGUUUUAAAGCAGCAAGACACAAGGCCUUUCUCAUCUACUGAUCCUUUCAAAUGGUGAAUCAACAAGAACUUCUCAU